UAUAAUAUUUAGGGCGCUCAAACUUGAAUUAUUACAGACUGUUCGAAACACAGUUUCGAUUUGUGAAGUUCAAAAAGCAAUAGUCUUGCUUUUAUGACCACAAAGAGGAUGGUAGGAUGUCAUUUAUUUAUUCAACAACCGUCACUACUGUUAAACAAAUACUUAAUCGCCCAUCCCUGCGUAAUGUUCCCAUAAAAAUAUUCUGUCUAAAUACAUAUUUUUAGCCAUAGGUUUAGCAGCAUGUAAGCUAAAUGRUUACAUUUGAAAGAAACGUGGUCAAAAAUCGUGUGACUCCGAAUGAAGGAUAGGUCGAAACUUUGCCCCCGUUUCCGCGACUUAUCAGUGUACAGUGAAUCAUAGUCAGCACAGAGAUAAUAGCUUAUCUAUUAAACUCCGGGCAACGCAUUAUGCAAACAUUACACCUGGCCGGUUAUGCGGCUGCCCCUCACACCACUAAARCGUCUGUGUGAAUUCACACCGCCAUGGGCCACCAGGUCUCCAAACCACAGGUUCAAGUCCUUCUUCUGGGCCUGGACAACGCUGGGAAAUCCACUCUUCUCUACAAACUGAAACACAAUGUCAGCGUCUCCACCGUCCCGACGAUCGGCUUUAACGUGGAGAUGUUGGACGCCAGAAAAAACCGGAAGAGCAUCUCCGUGACCGUGUGGGACGUCGGUGGUCAGGGCAAGAUGCGCGAACACUGGCAGGACUAUUACCAAAACGCGGCAGCCGUCGUGUUCGUGGUGGACGCCUCGGACUUUGGGCGCAUGGAUGAGGCGCGCAGUGAGAUGGAGAGGGCGCUGCGCAGCGACCAUCUGCGGGGCUGCCCGGUCGUUCUGCUCGCCAACAAGCAGGACGUGAGCGGUGCGUUGACCGUCACCGAGAUGAAGGACAGGUUCAACUUGAGGAAGAUGUGCGUGGGUCGGGACUGGCUCGUUCAGCCUUGUUCCGCUUCGACGGGGUUCGGAGUCGAGGAGGCUUUCAGGCGAGUGGUUCAAAUGGUCAGACUCCCCUCUGAGCCUGCAGCGGUCAAAGACAAUAUCAAGGAUACGGUGCACUACCUGCGAUCGAAUAACAAACAAUAAGCUUAUUAUACGUUUUCAUUGGUUUUCGACAGAAGACAGAAGUGGACCGAUAUCGUCAGUGGUCGUUAUGUCCACCUUGCUGGUUCUGGAUGCUCUUUAAACAGCCCUUUUGAAAUAUGAAUACACAAAGUACAUUCAUUGUUCAAUGGACAUUUUUUGAAAACGGUCAUUCCAAGUCUAUGAAGUGCAAAAGAAAGCUUUUGGGU